CGCUUUACGUGCUUGCGUCACAGGGUAAUUUCUGUCGAGACCGCGCGUAACCUAGACGUUCAAGACUUUGUUGAAUGCAGUUGCAAAAAAGCUCGAUUUAGAUAUUUUGAUAUUCGAAAAUUGCUAGCUAACUCGAUAUUUUUCGUCUUUGCUUCGCGUUUGUGGAUACAAUCAAGGUGUCAGCAGUUUUGUACGGUAGAUCUAAAACCAUCAGCUUAAAUUCGCUGCUGAUCAACGAGGAUCGAAGACAAGAUAACACCACCACCAUCAUCAUCAUCAUCGAAAAUUGACGUCUGGACUAAAUAAUACACGGUUAAGCUUCAUUUUAGCUAAACUAUGAUCUAAUCGUCGAAAAAUCUCGUUGUUUGUUUAGUAUUACAGUUUUGAUGACGAGACUACUCCGAGCAUAUGGCAAACCUUCCUUCGGUUAUGCGGUAGCUUAUUAGUUAUCCGUUAAAUUCAAAAGCAACGAGACCUGCAUAUAUUUUCCACUGGAAGAAAUUUCACUUUUCCUCAAAGUGACUAGCACGAUAAUUAGCAGGAAAUUAAACAACCAACACCAAGAACAACCCAACUUUGUGGUACUAACGUUAAGUUACCGCACCAUGUUGGGUAUUAUGGACCAUCACCAAGACACCGUCCGGAAUUGUAAAACGGAGGCUUUGCCUCCAGAGCGUAAAAAGAGGACCGUGGAGGAUUUCAAUAAGUUUUGCAGCUUUGUCCUGGCCUAUGCUGGGUACAUUCCACCUCAGAAAGAGGAGAGUUCAUGGUCUCCAUCUUCAUCUCCAUGUGCGCACGAGCUUUCUGAGCUCUCGGGCGAAGGGUCUGUGAAGGAUGGCUGGACAGAUGCACACUCCAGCCUUGACAACAUUCACGGUUUGGUCCACAAAGCUGAGACAGACAGGAGCAGCAGCAGUAUAGAGUUCAGCCAUCUUCAGUCGGACAGCUCCUUAGACAAGAUGAGAUUGAAAGACUCUCUGAACCAGAUCCAUCUGCAUAGUAAAGCUGAGCGGAAGAAGGUGAAGAAACUCGGCCGCUUCUCUUUAGGAGGGCCGAGAAAAAGCAUCUCUGAGGCAAGAGCGCACAAACAAUCGAAAGCGGCACUAAAGAAAAUGAAGAGAUCGGUAAAGCCCGAGAGACACUUUCCAUCCACAAGCCCUUUGAACGAAGGGCUACAAAAGGAGGAGGAGCUAACAGAACAGACCGUUGACAUGCAUGAGGCGGGGCUUAAACUGGAGUCCAAUCCAGAAACAGACCUGAGCUCUUGCGAAACUGACACAUUGGUGACUGAUGAGGAUAUCAUGGUAGAGUCUGGUGAUGAUUCGUGGGAUUUGAUUACGUGUUAUUGUGGGAAGCCAUUUGCUGGACGUCCCAUGAUUGAAUGUGACGAGUGCUCCAUAUGGGUCCAUCUCUCCUGCGCUAAGAUUAAGAAGUCCAAUGUACCUGAUAUUUUCUACUGCUACAGAUGCAGGGACUCUCGGGGCUCCACGGUCAAAAGAGACCACUGAGAAUAAAUGUAUGGGAGCAGAUCCUGUGUGUGUAUUUAAAUAAAUGAGGCGUUCUCAUACCUGUACUUUUUACUUUUCCGAUUAAUCUUAAUUAGUUUCUGUUAAAUUAAAAAAAAAAAGAUUUCUAUAACCCCAUUUCUUCUCCUUUCGUUCUGUGUUGAAAGGCUGGUCUCGGUUUAAACGUUUUUCAGGUAGAAGGUUAUACUAAAACACAUGCACUUAUUUGCACUACUGUAUGUCAAGAUGGUUGAAUCUCACAAAACGUGUCAAAGAACAUUAACCAUAUUUUAGGAUGAAUACGAUUUUUUAUUUUCUUGACAUUUCACAACGUUUAUCCCAAAGUUUUCAUAUCUGAGUCCAAAUACCAUGUACAAAGCAUCCAUUAAAACAGCUCUUUCCAGCAAAGAGGUGUCGUUCUAAUCCAGUAUUUUUUCCGUCUCGUCCGUGGGGGCCAUUUAACACAGGUCUAGCACUAAACAGGCACACCUUAUUUGGGUCAUAGAGCAAUGUAUGAAACACUUAAUGAGUGCAAACAGGAGUGGUAGAUAAGGGACACCUCCAGCUCAGAUCUGUACAACUUUCAAAACACUGUUGAAAUCAAUGUCUUUUUUUUUUUAUUUUUAUAAGUAACGUUUUCAGUCUCGUGAUGAAUAUCCUCACUUGUUACAGGAUGUUUUCAUAUUAACCUUUGACCAUUGUAAAGCAGAUAGCGUAUUUAGUUUCCCUGCUUGAUUUGUGUUAAUUGUACAUUCUGUCAAAAACGAGGGUAGAUUUGGGUUUUUGAUGUUAAGACUGAAAACAGAGUUUGCUCCUUAUUUUGUUAAUGUGUCCUGCGUGUAAAUAAUACAUGUAUGUACAGGUGUAUAUGUUUGAAAGAUGAGGAAAUGCUAUAUUUUUCUGACCAUUUACAGCAGUGAAUUCUGAAACAAUAAAUGUUCUUUCAAAGUCAA